AUGCGUGCCUUCACCGUCGCUGCUGCUCUCCUGGUUGCCGGAGCCCAGGCUGCGCCUGCUCUUGAGAGCCGUCAGAUCAUCUACGGAUGGGGUUCCAACUCUUGCACAGGGCUGACAGUAAUUGAUAGCUACUUCUCCGGAGAUGGUGUUGUCAACCAAUACGUCAGCGUUGGCCACGACAUCGACGUGACCGGCACCAGCGGCAAGAGCUACCACAUUGACUGCGGUACCACUUCGGGACAAAUCGUUCCCAACGUCUUCGCCAAGUGCACUGUGGACGGCAAGAAGCCGGAUGGCAUCACCGCCAACGAGUCUGACAAGAACGCAAUCAACUGCCCCAUCUCCUAG